AUGAAUGGAGAUUAUUUCGAUGAACUUGGAAGCAAGAUAAACCCCUUAAAUUUUCAAAAGAACCAACAACAAACACAACAGCAGCAGCAGCAGCAACAACAACAACAGCAGCAGGGCAACGCUGGACAAAACAAACCUGCUGCCGGUACCAUUAGUGGGAUGUUAGCUGACUUCAGCAGAGCACUUGGACUAGGAGGAAAUUCACCUUCCAGACCAUCACCAACAGAAGAGAGAUUAGACUCAGAACAUGGUCAACAGUCUUCCCAGCAAUAUGCACAAGAUUAUCAUUUCAAUAAAGAUAGGCAAACUCAGCAACAGCAGCAGCCAUUAAGAGCAGGUGAUCCGUUCUUUAACAGAACAACAUCACAACAACAAAAUGCAACACAGCUGCCACAUGCAAACCAAAUAGACUUUCAAUCAAAUCAGCAGCAAACACAAUAUGACAAUAAAACUCUUCAGCAACAACAAUAUCUAAGAACACAACAGCAUCUUCCUCUGCAAGAACAACAACUCCAACAACAACAACUGCAGGCCCAACAACAACAGCAACAACAGCAAUUCCAACAGCAACAACAGCUGUUGCAGGCCGAACAACAGCUUCAACAGCAACAUAAAAACCAGCAAGUACUUCAGCAGCAUCAACAGCAACAGCAACAACAUCUGAACAUGCUUGUGCAGCAGCAACAUCAGUUGAUCUUACAACAGCAAAGACAAAAGCAUCAGCUAGACCAACAAGAUGGCUCCCUUCAACAAGCUCAAUUUGGACUUCAAAAGAUGCAACAUGAGUAUCAUCCGAUGUUUGCACAAAAUCUAACUCCACAGCAACAGCAAAUGUACCAGCAACAUAUGCAAUUACAACAUCAUGCACAACACCUCAAGAAGAUCAGAAGAUCCCUGCCCAACUCUUCUAAUCUUGCCUUGGAAUCUACUCUUACACAAGGGCAACUACAAAAACAGAAGAAGGACCUCAAUGUUAACGUUCUCGGAGGAGCGUCGCUAGGGUCAAGUUUGGGUAUGCAGCAAGUAGGUUCUGGAGGAUACCUGACUCAAGGGGUGCUGCUGGGGAACCAGUUGAUCAGUGGAGGACUGCUAUCAGCCACCAACACCCAGAACAGGCUGUCUACUGCUAGCAGUCAACCCAUCAUGUCCAGCAGUAUCAUGGCUGCUGGACUGGUCCAUUCUUCCAUACCAGGAGGAACACCUUUAGUCACCCCCCAGAGCACGCCUGUUGGAACUCCUAGAGGCCCAAGGGACCAAGGUGGAGAUUCUUCAGACACCCUUAGUGAGACAGACUCCCAGAAGUCUUUGAGAAUGAGGAGAAAACUUCCAAACCUCCCCACUGACCAAGAGGCCGCUCCCCUUCCUACCACCAAAAAGAGAGACCGUAACAAAAAUGCAAAGGCAGCACAACAAGCUGAACGUUUCAGGACUUAUUCACCUCUGCGGCAAUACACGUCAGACAGUGGCUAUCCCGUGGGUCUGUCUAGUCUUAUGCUACAAAGGCCAAGUGCUUCCGAAACCAACCUGCGCAAAGUGUCCAUGGGCGUCGAAUCUGUGCCUCGCCCUGGCUCUGCUUUAGGUUUACUCCAAGGCUCCAGUGUAGUGAGCAGUUCUGGAGUGAGGAUAUCGUCAGAUUACAGUCAUGACUUUGACAGGAACCCUCACCUGUCGGACCUGGUGUCCUGCCUUCCUCCAGAUCUGAGACAUCUCCUCGGCUCAUACAAGACUCCGACCUCCGACACAUCGUACAGUAAGCAGCUUCCACUGUCAAGAAGCCUAGGAGAUGACGUCAAGUUGACAGCAGCUGAUCGUAGACUCCUUAACAGCUUUGACAGAGAUGACCGCCUUUUACUAGAUCGGACUAAAGAUGUACUGAGAAACCAAAAGAACAGGCUAGAAUUGCAGAGGAAGAUGGUCUAUUCCGGUUUAGGACGAUCACGAAAAAUUCGAACUCAUAGAAGGCAGUUAUCUGAUCCUAAAAUUCAUUUAGAUAUUCAUCCUGGGAAAGAGGACGGCAGUUUAGAAAACGAAUAUGGAAGAGGGUAUCUAGGAUUCACUCAUCCUUCUCUGAGGCCCCCCUAUAAAUCGUACGAGUAUGAGUCAAUAGAUGAUGGUAAGCGGGCAGACUGGGACCCUUCGCAAUCUUAUCUUGCUUCGUCGUAUGCUGUUGCUGGUGGGGCGCUGCGGGAGACUGCAAUCAACAGCGUACUCGACAACGGACACUUCACCGACCAUAAUAGGUAUGAUGUUCGGCGCUACAGCGAUGGCUUGGACAUGCGCAGACGAGAUGUAAACAAAACUCUACGCAACAAACCUCGCUCUUGGCAACCCUCACCCUACGGCAGCGAUGAGGACGAUGAUCAACUCACCCGUGAAGAGAAGAAGGCUAAGAUCAAAGCGGAGAUAGCCAGACGUCGUCAACAGAUUGAAGAAAACGCUCGGCUACACGAAGAACUCUUGAGGCUUGCGAGACUCCGCGAAAGUGCCGAACUAGGUUUUACCCCAGGCACCCACUCCGGUGGGGGCUACGCGAUAUCUAGUGUUCUUAAAUCUAUUGACGACUUAUUGCUGCCCGGAAGGGGUAGAGGGGACGAACUUUACGACUCUCGCGGUAGAAUCACCAGACGUACUCCUGAGGACAGAUCCAUGGAUCGUAUCGCCUCAACAUUCCGAACUGAUGACUAUACUAGUGGCGUGUAUGAACGCUUGACAGACUUUUCUCCUCUCACUGACUUUAGCACCCCUCACGCUAUGCCUCUGCUCCCCGAUAUGCCGACUCGAUCGAGGAAACUCCUAGAGGACUUGGGCAGCUCCCCGAUAACCGACUCUGUGCGAACACUUCCACAAAAAGCGCAAGCUCUCCUAUAACCUGUCACCGGAGCUUGGUCGUAUCCUACGCCCAGUGUUCAUAUAGGCACCGAUACUUGCUCCCAUAUCAUUUUUGUGAGAUGUGUGUUCGCUGUUCUUUUUUAUCGUGAAAUUUUCUAGACUAGAUACCGGUCUGUCUUCUUUCGUGUAAGUUUGUUAUAAAACGAUACUUCAAUAAUUUCUUUUGUAAUUCGCGUUGUUAUCAUAUCAACCUCACUGGUGUAUAUUUUCUGUAAAUAAAUAACAAGCAAGUAUUGAUGUAUAUACUUGUAUAUAAUUAUAUUUACAUAUACAUAUUUUUACUUAGUAUUUUAGUUAUUUGGAUUUGAUACUUUAUCUGUACCGAUAAAUUCCCUACCGUAUGUUAUAGGGCUUGCUAUGGCAAAAGUAUUUUUUAAAUGUCUAUCUCUAUUCAAGUGUUCUUAACAAGUGGCAAGUCAGCAAUAAUCCCACACUCCCAAAUAAUGAUAUGAUAAUAUGAAACUUUUUGCAUGCCACUUAAUUAUAAAAUAUCUCAUACAGUAAAAAUGGUAUAUAACUAUUCAUUAACUUUAGCUUAUAAUAUAGUAUGAAAAUUGUAAAUUCACUUUUCAUAGGCCAUAUAAGACUAACAAACAAAAGAUAUUAUGGUCACAUUUAUUUACAUAAGAAAUACUUAAUGUAGAUAGGCACGGAAAAUUUCUUGCAAAUUUUGUUUUAACAUUACUAAAUAAUAAAAUGAGUGUGAAUCACCUGUUAUUGUUGAUCUAUAUCUGUAAACCUGAUAUAAAAUAAACACGCACAUCCGAAAAGAUUAAAGUCAACAAUACUUGAAUCACUAAUUAAAACUAUUUAGUUAGUGUGUUGCUGAACAGUAAUAAUGACUAAGCUUGUUCUGUUAAUAUUUCAACAUUGCAAAAUUUGAUUAUUCAUAAACUAUUUUAAAAACUAGUGCUACUAUGCAAGCAGUAGUUAAAAUCAUUUUCCUUGUGUCAAAUUUGUUUCUGCAAUUUCUGAUAUAUUAAAAACAUUUUGAUUUUCGUCACACAAGAUAUCAGCACUUUUAGAAGUCUACAUCAAAGUUAUUCGAUAAUAAAAUAUGUAUCAAAUCCUUGGCUCAAACUAUCUAAUGGUCGAAUUUGAACAAAAUGUUUAAACAAUGUUUAAUAACUAAUAUGUAUAUUUUUUUAGAUAAUAGAUCGUACAAAAUGUGGAGUAAAUGAGUAGAAUGAGUGUGGGGUAUACAAUGUAGCGUAUGUUGUGGCUUUUGCGCUCGGCUUAUAACUUACAGCAGCGAACACACACUCGGCUUUGCUUCUGCUGACCAACUGUUUCAUCUUCAUAUUGUUAUUCACAUAUUUUUUUAAACUUAUACUAUUGUUGUGCUGGGGUGCCCGAGCAUCAUGCACAAUGGCACGUUCCCGUGUAUAGCUAACCUUGUACAGUCAGUUCAUAGGUCAUGCCCAAGGAACACAAACGUUUUAGUUCUAGAAGGCGAGGUUAAGUUUUAAUCAGAUGUGUUUAUCGUAUUGUUGUUGAAUCAAAGUUUUAAUGUCGAUUUGUAGUUUUAUCAUUUGUCGAUUACGGUUGUAUAUCUUUAUUCAGUAUUGUUAUUGUAUGUAAAGUCUAAUUUGUUUCGUUUUGAAAUAAUUACUCCUUAGGUACUUUUAAGGCCUAACUCUUUAAGCCAGGCUAGAUGUAUCUCUGAAGCACAAUAAUGUAUUGUUAUGUAUUUAAUGUGUAAAUUAUUCUGAUAGAUGAGUGAGCUGUUUUCUUUAUAUUCUCUGUUUUUGUUUGCGUUUUUUUGCUAUAGGGUAUUUAUUAUUGUUGCUGUAUUUAAAUUAAUACUAUCCAGUUUUCCUUUCCUAUAUUUUUUCAACUCUUCAAAAUAUUGACUGCUUUAAAUCUCUUAAUAAUAGAAUUGUGAAACAUUUCUCUAUCUCUUUACCUAAUUCAAAUCUUAAAAAUAAAUAUUUUUGACACUAACUAAUCACAUUCCUCCCUAAAGCUUUAAGGGCUUUUAACCCCCCAGCUCUCAUUAUCCUUGGGAUUCUUUGGAAGUUUUUCUACGAUCCUGUGGACAGGUACUCAAAAGUUUUCUUACGGCUUGUCAAGAAUUCUCUGCCAUAUUUUGUUAUAAGAUUGUCAAUGUUAGCCUAUAGUAAAACUCAGAUUUCUAAUUUCAUAAUCAUUUUUAUUUUCUGUUUCUGGCAAUUACCAUUAAAUCGACAACUAUAUAAGAAUAUAGUACCCAGCAACUGAUAUUGUACUUUGUUGUUACAAAGGUAGAAACUAAAAUGUAAUGAGAAGUUUAAAUUAAAUUAUUGUAUCACUUAGUGAGGGUUGUCAUGUCAUCAUAAACUUACUAUCAUGGUCCUUAACCAGUAACAUUGACAUUAAAAUAUUCUUCCCAAGCAAAUUUCAUGUUCCAUAAGAAAUUUAUUAUGAGGGCUCACCAUUUCAUUCAAAAGGGGUUUAAGACAGGUACCGGUAUACAUUAUUUUACAAUAUUUCUUACCUGGUACAUCACUAGUAAAAAUAUUUGCCGUUUCUUUACCAUUUUUAUUCUUCUCUCUUAUUGUUGUCAGUGUUAUUUUAUGUUUGAAAUCAAAUCUAUGGUUUCAAUUUGUUAGUGUGUUAAGGAUAAUUGUACAGCCUGAAUGUAUUUUUGUAAGGGUGUUUAUCAAAAUAUAUUUGUAUUGUAUUGUAAUAUUUACAUAUUAUAGACAUUACCAUCCUUUCUGUGACAAUACUGUUCCUUGAGGAUGACUUUACAUGGACUUCUUUGCUUUUGAUUGUUAAGUUUUUGUUAAUAUUAGGUAUUGUUGUUUUGUUGGAAUAACAAAGAUUUAGAAACUGAAA